AUGAGUUCCGAAUUACUACAGACCUUCGACGCUGUCGCCACUGCUGUAGAGGCCGGAGUUAGCGAGGAGGACCGCAAGGACCUACUGCAGACAUGCAAUAAGCUCAUCGCCAAGCUGGAGAGGCCCGCAGACACAGCGACACGAUUGCUUUUCUCGGCACACCAAGCAAUGGCUAUCAGACUAGGUGUCGAUCUCAAGCUUUUUGACGCGCUAGUACAUGGCUCGACAACAACUGAGCAGUUGGCUGCAGACACCAAUAAUAAAGCCGAUUUGUUGCUCGUUACGAGGAUCAUGCGGUUUCUGUCUGCAAUGUCCGUGGUCAAAGAGACCAAACAAGACAGAUAUGCGUUGACGCCCUUCGCCACAGCUUUGCAGUCGUCUUCACCGUUGUCAGCUGCAUUCAUUCAUAGCACACAUUUUUUGACUGUGCUGUCGAAACUGCCCGACUACUUCCAUCAUAAUGGAUGGAAGAGCCCUGAUGACGGCUUCGAUGGACCCUUUCAAUAUGCCAUGAGCACCGAUGCUCAUUAUUUCGAAUUUCUGAACACCCAUCCGUACUACCAGCAGGCCUUCAACACCGUCAUGAGUCUUCCAUUCCGACGACGUGGCAAGGACUGGUUUGAAUUUUUCCCCGUCACAGAGCGCUUACAUGUGCCCGGUGAAUCCGAUGUACUGAUCGUUGAUGUCGGCGGCAACCAGGGCGAGGACCUGAAGAAGCUCAAAAAGCGAUUCCCCGAUCUGUCCGGCAGGCUCAUCGUCCAGGAUCUACCCGUCGUUGUGGAGGGUGCCCAGGACCUGCCACCUGGCAUCGAGGCCCACGGUCAUGAUUUUUUCCAGCAGCAGCCGAUCUGCAACUCCAGGGCCUACUUCAUGCGUACGGUCUUGCACGACUGGCCGGACAAACAGGCUCGCCUGAUUCUGCGACAGCUGCACGCAGCCAUGGGCUCGGACUCUAUCCUGCUCAUCAACGAAACCAUAUUCCCGGAGUCCGGGGCACCGCUGGGAUCUGUGCUGUCCGACAUGCAGAUGAUGGGCUCCUUCGCGUCGCUGGAACGGACAGAGCGGCAAUGGCAGCAGCUGCUAGAGGCAUCGGGGUUUGACCUCGUGCGAGUUUGGCUUCCCGAUGGCUUCCAGACAGACCAGGCCGUUUUGCUUGAAGCUCGUAGGAAGGUUUUAGCCGACUGA